UCAGUCGUAUUUUCUCGCCGGCUACGAUAUCAUUACGUCCGGUCAUCGAGGUCGGUGAGUUGCGCAUGAAUGUUCGAAGCAAUUCGUAGAUAGGGCGGUCAGCUAGUAGGCUGCGAUUCGUUUUUGCAAGGAGCAUAGGUGAUCUGCCGGCUGUUCGCGUCUCGUAGUUGCGGCGAUAUGGAAAGGUACAAGAACCAUGCCUUGGACGAGGAUUACAAGCCGGAGUUCAAGAAAAGAAAGCGGGGGCAAUGGCAGAGGGAGACAGACGUCGUUUGCGACGAGGAGGAAGAGGAUAGUGUGGAGGAGGGGUCCGAUGUGGUGUCGUCUUCGCUGGAGAGUGUGGUGGAUGGGAGCGAGAUUUCGGACGACGAGCAGGACUCGUACGACAGCGAUUUAUACAUUGACGAGAGGGAUCGGGAGGAGCUGGCGAGGCUUCCGGAGUCUCAGCGUGAGGAGGUGUUGUUCGAGCGAAGUGAGCGUCGAAAGCAGAUUCGGGAGCGAAAUGCGUUGAAGAGCAAAUUGAGAAUGCAGCUUCAGAAGGAGCGUCGAGGUAUGACGGAGGCGAGUGGAUACGCGUCGACGAGGCACGCGCGGGAGGCGGAGAGGUCUGGGGAGAAGAGGCAGCAGGAUGCGCUGAGCGAGUUGAAGGUGUUGCGCGAGAAGAAGAUGGUGAAGUCCGGCUUGAGCCGCGGUUUGACGAGGCAGGGUUCGGCGCCUGAAGGUGCUGAGGUGGAAAGAGAGGUUGUGGGGGGAUGCGAUGUGGGGGGUGGUCGGCGGGAUACGAGGAAGGACGUGGCGGAGAAGGACGCGAAGGAGGUGGAGUUUGUGGUUCGGGACGAGACGACAUAUCAAGACAUUUGUCGCAUUACGAUACGUCGCAACACGUUGUUGAAGUGGAUAGGCGAGCCGUAUUGGGACAGGACGGUCCGCGGGGUGCUUGUGCGCGCCUGCGUUGGUCAGAGCGCGUCUGGAGGGAUCUACAGAUUGGCGGAGGUGGUUGAUUAUCACGAACAAGAAAAUUUGAAGUAUGUGUUGGAUGGGAAGGAAUAUUCGAUGAAGUUGUCGUUGACGAUUGGCGAUGCGACGCGAGACUUUACACUGGAGUACAUUUCUAAUUAUUUGCCCUCUGAGACGGAAUACCAAGACUGGAAGAGGCUGGUCUUGAACCAGAAGCUCUUGCUUCCGACGAAGGAAAGUAUGAAGCGCAUUUACGCGAACAUUGAGGCAGCUCGGAACUACGUGCAUACGUGUGAGGACGUUGAUCGCAAGGUCGCCGAGAACAAUGCCAAGCUUAGACGUGAGGGCCGAAAUUUAGCCGUUUAUUCGCCGAUUUUGCGCAAGAAUACGCUGUUGAUGCUCAAGUGUGCCCAGGCGCGCCAGGACCACGCCAACAUUGCUCGUCUCGAGGCGGAACUGCGCGAACUCGACGAAUUGAGGGCGGCUGAACAAAAGAGGAGUGUGAUCGCCACCGCCAACGCUCAGGUUAUCCUGUCAAUCAAUCAGAAAAACCGCGGGAAGAACACGGCCAUCAGGCGCUCCUACGUCCCCGAAUCGACAGUUUUGGAGACCGAGCUGAACCCCUUUGCUCGUCGGCCCACCUACAGCUCGGUGUUCAUAGCCAGACAGACCAAGCCGCUGAUCGAAACGAAGGAAAAUGCAACCGGCGGCAACGCCGAGGAAGAAGUCUUGCCUGAGGCGGCUUCGCCGACUUCACCGCCUCAGCAACCGCUCGAAGACGACUGGAGGUCGUCGGUCGACGUCGAUCUGAAACUGGACCUAGACAGCCAGCAACUCGCACCUGUCAACACCCUGGUUGCCAGCACCUCUUUUUCAGAAGAGAAGCCCGCCGACUCGAGUCCCGCUGCCGCCAAGCAGUCGUACGGAACGGCAGAGGAAGUCCUGCGCGUCGAGGCGCAGAUCCCCGCACCGAGACCCGUGCCGGGUCGAGUUGUCUCUCUGACGGACUACCUGAGACAAAAAAAACAGACCUGAGCCGAAAAGAUCCAAAAAAAGAUGCCUCUGCGUUUGCCUGUAAACACGUGUGUGUAUUGUGUAAAUGUAUGUGCAUUCACGGUCUGAACGCGGGAUUGCGGGGUCUCUGAAAUUCAAGCGAGGUGAGAAGGACCAGCUUCAGAGGCGCGCUUCGGGCAAGACGGUGCGCGCAGAGAGCGUCUCGGUCGAGUGUUGCGUGCUGUAGAAAGAGCAGACUGGAAGAAAAGAGGAAAAUGAGUAAAAAAAAAAAAAAAAGUAC